AAAACGAUCGCCACUAAGAAAGCAUUCGUCGCCUUGCUGUGCCGUAGCAUCGGUGUCCUCUCAUAAGUUUGGUGUUUAAUCCAUAUUGAUAAAGGAAAUUGGAGAUGUAUAAAAUGGAUGUCAGACAUAUUAUUUUCGGAGGGAUGAAAUCAGAACCGAUCGCGUCGGUGUUGUCAAUGCUGAUAAGCAUAUUACUAUAUAUCAUGUAUUCGAUUGGUCCUUACUCUACGACGAAUAUUCCUACCAAAUCGUUAAUGUCGUCUUAUGAUUUCAUAGUCGUGGGCGGUGGUUCUGCAGGAGCCGUGAUCGCGAGUCGCUUAUCUGAGGUAGAAGAUUGGAACGUACUCCUUCUGGAAGCAGGUGGCGAUGGAAAUGCUCUAUAUGAUGUUCCUAUUCUUGCCGCUAAUCUGCAGCUCGCCGAAAUCGAUUGGAAAUACAAAGUGGAGACCAAUGAAAAUUUCUGUCGGGCGAUGAAGGAGGGUCGUUGCUUCUGGCCACGUGGCAAAGUGAUCGGGGGCAGCAGCGCGAUAAACUACAUGCUCUAUGUCCGUGGUAAUAGAAAAGAUUACGACAUUUGGGAACAAUUGGGCAAUCCGGGAUGGUCCUACGAGAAUGUCCUCGGUUAUUUCAAGAAAUCGGAAGACAAUCAAAAUCACUUCUACACUGAGACACCGUAUCAUUCGACCGGGGGUUAUUUAACUGUCCAAGAAUCACCAUGGCACACUCCCCUGGCCGAUGCGUUCAUUCGAGCUGGCCAAGAAAUGGGUUAUGAGAAUAGAGACAUUAACGGAGAACGACACACUGGCUUUAUGAUUCCUCAGGGGACCAUUAGACAUGGAAGCCGGUGCUCAACAGCGAAGGCCUUCCUGCGGCCGGCAAGGAAUCGCAAGAAUUUACACGUCGCUAUGGAAGCGCAUGUUACCAAAAUUUUAAUAGAGCCGUCGUCGAAAAGGGUUUACGGCGUAGAGUUUGUUAGAGACGGGGAAACGUUACGGAUUCGUGCCGACAAGGAAGUGAUCGUUUCCGGAGGAGCUAUCAAUAGCCCUCAGUUGCUGAUGUUGUCGGGAAUAGGACCUGAAGAACACCUAUCAGAACACGGCAUACCAGUGAUUCAGGAUUUAAAAGUGGGUCAUAAUCUUCAAGAUCAUAUAGUUGCCGGGGGCAUUACGUUCUUGGUGAAUGAAGAAAUUUCACUGAUAGAGAGCAGGAUGUAUGAUAUUCGCAAUGUCCUAGAAUACGUAUUAUACGGAGACGGUCCUUUGACCGGUUUAGGCGGUAUCGAAGGACUAGCUUUCGUUAAUACCAAAUAUGCGAAUACUUCCGACGAUUUUCCAGACAUACAACUGCAUUUUUCGGCAGGGGGGACAAACUCCGACAACGGUAGGCAUAUUAGAAAGGUUCAUGGACUGACCAAAGAAUUCUAUGACGCCGUAUACGGGGAGCUUAACGAUAAGGACGUGUGGGGCGUCCUUCCUACGCUUUUAAGACCGAAAAGCAAAGGAGUUAUCAAACUUCGGAGCAACGAUCCUUUCGAUCAUCCAUUGAUUUAUGCGAAUCAUUUUGAAGAACCGGAAGAUAUGGCGACACUGAUCGAAGGAGUUAAGUUUGUGUUCGAGAUGAGUAAAACUGCUUCGUUUAGACGUUACGGGAGCGAAACGAAUCCAAAACCAUUUCCUGGUUGCAAGCAUAUUCCGAUGUAUAGCGAUCCAUACUGGGAGUGCAUGAUCAGAUUCUAUUCGAUGACUCUAUAUCAUCCCGUGGGUACUUGCAAGAUGGGGCCUAGUUCGGAUCCAAAAGCUGUGGUAGAUCCUCGGCUUCGAGUUUACGGAGUUACUGGACUUCGAGUCAUAGACGGCUCAAUUAUGCCAAAUAUAGUUAGCGGUAAUACCAAUGCGCCGAUUAUCAUGAUCGCAGAGAAGGGUUCCGAUAUGGUGAAAGCGGAAUGGUUGGGGGAACGGACGUCAAAAUGAAUGGCUGUUUUUGUAAAUUAAUUCAAAGCGAAUGCUAGUACUAUAUUAUAUAAUAGAAACUUAUAAUUUCAAACUCAAAAUAAAUUUUCAUUGCGUUUUACGUACAGUGGAGUACGAGCCAGAAUAUGUAGUCAUGUUUUAUUAAAUGAACAUCGAGUAAUGUAAAUGUUAACAAGGGAGCUAGUUUACAAGACGCAUUUUUUCGACCGAUUCGGUAUUGCGACCUCCAGUAAGAGGAUACAUAGGAUCGUAAUGUAACUAUUGUCUUAAGGCUUGGCACGGUACGCACGGCUUUUACAAAUAAAAUCAAUCAGGAUAAUGCACGUGACGUAACACAUAGAACAGAGAUACCGAUAAACAGGAAAGAUUGAACGAAAUGGUUUCGAUUUACUCUUUCGCGACUUCUCUCGGUGCUCUUUGAACUGGAAUUGAUCAACUGGAAUAGAUAAACGCGGAUAUUCGAACAAACAAAGACAUAUGAAUUUCCAUAGUUUUCAAGAUAUCUGCAAAACGUUAUCGAUACCACAACAAUGAAUUCUGCCCAUCAUUGUGCGUCCGCAACAGCGUACGCGUUAAUAUUGGUUACCGACUGCCUUUCAACGGACAGAUAUAAUAGCAAUGAUCCAACCGAAACCUAGUUCUUAUCUUUCGUUUAUAUAACAUGUAUAAACGAGAAUUCACCGAGCUUGAGUAAAGAUUCGUGCACAACUACAUAUGCGAAGCUGUAAGAAAUAUCUAUUCUAUCGCGAUUAAAAAUGAAUAUCAUCAAUGUAUUGGGGUUAGGUUUCGAGUUAACGUUAUCAAUCCGCUUGCGUGAAGCAGUAACGGUUCUUCUAUUUCGUCGAAUAAUAUCGAUUAUUCUUCCGCCUAUUAUUUGUAUAAUUAAUUUGUUCCUAUGUUACGCAAGCAUUGCCAGCCGCUUCGCGAUGGCGGGGUUGAGAAAGCUAAGCCAAGGCCAAACGCAAUAUUUUCUUACAGCUUUGCAUAUGCAGUUGUGCACGGGGCAUUUAAGCUCGUCCAAUUCUCGUUUAUACAUACUACAAACAGAAGGUAAGGGAUAGAUUUGAGUUGGUUUUGAGCGAUCAAUACUGACCCAUAGGCUGUCACAGACGCAAAGUGUAUUUGUAAUUUUCAAAGAAUAAAGGCAACUUCUUGCAUUAAAUACGUAUUCAAUUAUGUAAUAAUAAUUAUAUAAUUAUUUAAGAAGCUUAAAUUUUCGCGAGUAAAAAAUAAAGGAAAUGUAAGAAAAUGUGAAGUUCGAACGUCUGGAACAUCUCUGUCUUCUGGGCUUCUUCAGCCUCGACUGUGGGAAGGGAAGAGAAAGCGUCAACAGUUGAGGCUGCCAUAAAUUAGGUCCCUACGUUUUGCGACUGCGUUGCCUAGUAUAUUCGAGUAUACUUUGCACAAUCAUGGAUGAUGUGGGCGACUGUCGAAACGAAACUACGCGAACUCGGCAUUUCCAAGUCUACAGAACGUGCUGUAAACGUCUAACGUGACUAACCUCAACUCGCUUGUAAUAUUUUUUUAUAGAAACGUUUAUUUAUCGAAUAAUUUGGGUUACCGUAAAGAUUGAUCUGCUACUGUGCGUACACAGUUUCGUUUACGAUUAUACGAUAUUCUCUUUUAUACUCUAUUUGUAAUUUUAUGUUACUAUUUAGUUUCAAUUCCAAUCAUUAUAAGCGGUGUAAUCUUAUUCCAUGCUGUAUCAAUCGGUAACGCUGAGAGUAAUACAAAAGUACAUCGCUAGAUGUCAUUAAGAAAACUUCCAACAUUCUCACGUGUUGACAUAAAAUUGUAAAAUAUAACCUAUAUGUAUAAUAGUUAGUAGAUUUUUAUGAAAUGUAUUCCUUUUUUGUUCUA